AUGAAGGACUACUCAGAUGCGAUCCUCUGCACGGAGGUGACAGAAUUGAGCAAGACUGAGUUCUGCAAUCCCGCCUUUGAGCCAGAAGCAGGACCACCUUGCCCUCCUUCAGCCUUCCUGCAAGAUGCCAACUACAGGAUCCGAGCUCCCUGGCACGGUCGGCGUCACCGAAGGAUGCGGCCAGACUGCCACUUCUCUUGGCUCUGCGUCUUCCUUCUCAUCCUCCUGCUGCUCCUGCUGCUUGGGCUGCUGGUGGCCGUCAUCCUGGCCCAGUUGCAAGCUGCACCCCCAUCUGAAGCCACAGAGAGCCCACAGUCCAUCACCAGCACCACCCCUACCAGCACCACUACCUCCCCAGCAGCUACACAAAGGCAGGAGGCAGGCAUGAGCCCCCCACACCAAGCCUCCUGUGGGGGCCUCCUUCCUGGUCCAAGAGGCUUCUUCAGCAGCCCCAACUACCCAGACCCUUACCCGCCCAACACCCACUGCGUGUGGCAUAUCCAGGUGGCCACAGACCACACAAUACAACUCAAGAUUGAAGCUCUCAGCAUAGAAAGUGUGACCUCCUGCCUUUAUGAUCGCUUGGAAAUCUCCCCAGAGCCUGAUGGCCCCCUUCUUAGGGUCUGCGGAGAGGUGCCUCCUCCCACUCUCAACACCAACACCAGCGGCCUCCGGGUGGCCUUUGUCUCUGAUAGCAGUGUGGAAGCAUCUGGUUUCCAAGCCUGGUACCAGGCUGUAGCCCCUGGCCAUGGCAACUGUGCCCAGGAUGAGUUCCCCUGCGACCAGCUCAUGUGUCUGCUGCCUGAAUCAGUGUGUGAUGGGUUUGCCAACUGUGCGGAUGGCAGUGAUGAGGCCAAUUGCAGCGCUGCACUCUCUGGGUGUGGGGGGAACCUGACCGGGCUCCAAGGCACCUUUUCUACUCCUAACCACCUGCAGCAGUACCCUCAGCAACAGCUCUGCACCUGGCAUAUCUCAGUGCCUACGGGACAUGGUGUAGAACUGCAGUUCCUCAACUUCAGCCUGGAUGCACAAGACGGAUGCAAGUUGGACUAUGUGGAGGUGUAUGAGGCCAGCAGUGCCGGGGCCCUCAGCCUCCUGGGCAGGUUCUGUGGAGCGGAGCCCCCCUCCGACCUCAGCUCCCGACACCAGGAACUGACUGUGCUCUUCAGGACAGAGCACGGCUUCAGCAGCAGGGGCUUCUCAGCCAGCUACCGGGCCUUGAAUACCACAGAGAACCCCUGUGGGCCCAGAGAGCUCUUCUGCCAGGACGGAGGGUGUAGGGAUGCACAGUGGAUGUGUCACUGGUGGAGAGACUGUGCAGACAGCAGCAAGGACAACUGCAGCAGCCUCCUGCUUCCACCCCCAGUGCUGGCUUGUGAACCCAUCCAGGUGGAGAUGUGUAUCGGUCUGAGCUACAACACCACAGCCUUCCCGAACAUCUGGUUGGGCAUGGCCACCCAGGAGGAAGUCACAGAUACCCUCAGAGGCUACAAGAGCCUGACAAGCCUUCCCUGCUACCAGAAUUUCCGGAGGCUCCUCUGUGGGCUGCUUGUGCCUCGUUGUACCCCUCUAGGCAGCAUCCUUCCCCCUUGCAGGUCUGUCUGCCAGGAGGCAGAGCGCCAGUGUCAGUCUGGCCUGGCCCUACUGGGCACCCCAUGGCCCUUUAACUGCAACAGGCUGCCUGAGGCCACUGGCCUGGAAGUGUGUGCCCAGCCCUGA